AAUUACAGUGGGGAGUUUUAAUAAAAACAGUUUGAUUUCUCGAUAAGGAUUGACGAAAUAGCGAGGUUAGGUUUGAGUUUCAAAUUUGGAGACGGAGUAGUUUGAAAUGUAACGGGAUUAAAAGGGAUACGUUGGAGAGUUGUCCAUAAUUCAGCCAGGUUUCAUUGAAACGUUAGUAUCUGGUUACCGAAAUUACCCUUUCUCACGACUGUGUUGCGAAACUUUGAGAAGCUUUGCAAUUGGCGAAGUUUACAAUCGACAUUAUUCUUGCAUCUCUUUGAUCACCGUGGGAAUGCUGUUUCAAAUUCCGCUUUGUAGGGCGGUGGUCUCCAAGCGCCUAACGACAGUACUGCGCGCCAGUGGACGGAGCCCGCAUCGAAGCCAGUUGUCGUCUCACAAUGGGACGAAGUUGUGGUUUUUUCUGGUUUUUCGUGUGGUUCGCGGCUCUCGUGAAACCCAUCGAGUUCCCCGACGUUUUACGAAUGUGAAUCUCCAGUGGGCACAGCGUCCACAGGAACAGGAUAGUUCCCGAAGGAUUCGAAGCAGCUUUGGUGUGACACUGGGCGGUGUCAGGUUAGGUUUCGAAGAUCCAGCGACCUUGCGAAUCCUUACGAGCUUUCAUUCGCUAUAUGACGACACCGUCGAUCAUCGAUGGCUAUAAAGCUAUAAAUGCUUCAACGUCGAGCUGUUCGCGCAAAUAAAGAGAUGAAGAGAUCAAGAGAGAAAAGGAUAGCUAGAUAAGCUAGCGAUAAGCCAACAAAGCCGUAUUCUUACCGAACGAACGCAUUGAAGUUAUCCGUUCGAUUCGCGUCGCGAUCGACUAUUACCGACCGAGUAAGAAAGUCUGUAAGUCAAAGUAUUUGUUCGUGAAUUCAUCGAAAGCAUUCGAACGUAUUCUCAUUAACUUACGAAGAACGUCGAUUGCGCUGUGUCAAAAUAAAAAGUCUAACGUGCUAAAGAAGAAGAAGCAUUCUUUAC